UAUAUACCGUCCAUAACUUAAGACAUAUAUCAAGAAAACAAACAUAAAUUAGAAACAUAUUAAACAAAAAUAUCUUUCCACCUGAAACAACAUAAUAAUGGAACCUUCAAAACAAGAAGUUCCAAAGCUUAUGGAGACGCCAAACAUAACCAAUGAUUCAUCAGCAUCCGAGAAAGGAGAAGUAACAAAUCAACCAAACAAUAGGUACGCGCUCACAGUUGACGAGGUGAUCGAGCAACACAUAGGAGCGCUUGGGUUUGCUCAGAUCUUGCAUGCUCUCUUGGUCUCUAUCGCUUGGGUCUUCGAUGCUCAGACAACUCUCAUAUCCAUUUUCUCCGACGCUCAACCCGCUGCGAGGCUUCUUGCAACCGGCGCCAUCGUGGAGGGCGCGGCCUUGUGUGGAUUGUCCAGUGGAGAAUGGGAAUGGAUCGGACCAAAGAGUUACACUGUUGUUUCUGAGUGGAAUCUCAUUUGUCAACAUAAAUUCCUUGUGGCUGUCCCGUCCACACUAUUCUUCAUCGGAUCUCUUUUUGGUUCUGGUGUUUACGGAUAUCUUGCUGAUUCAUGGUUUGGUCGGAAAAAGACUCUGUUACUCUCUUGUGUAUUAACGUUUGUAACGGCAUUUGCCAUCUCCUUUUCACCAAACGUUUGGGUUUAUGCGUUCUUGCGUUUCGCCAACGGGUUUUUCAGAUCAGGAAUCGGGUCUUGUUGUAUUGUACUCGCGACCGAGAUCGUUGGUAAAAAAUGGCGAGGUCAAGUAGGGCAAUACGGCUUCUUCUUCUUCACGUUAGGUUUUCUAUCUCUGCCACUCAUGGCUUAUUUGGAGAGAAAGUCAUGGAGGAAUCUUUACAGAAUCAUAUCCUUUCUUCCUCUUGGAUAUGCGGUUUGUCUCUUGCCCUUUGCUUAUGAGUCUCCUCGAUGGCUUCUUGUCAAGGGACGUAACAAAGAAGCCAUGGUGGUCUUGAAGAAACUCGCCAGGCUUAACGGCAAACAACUCCCGGCGGAUCUCAGCCUAGUUGAUCCUAUUCCAGAGAGAGGUGAUCAAACGUCUUCAUCAGAGAAGUUUUGGAAAACGAAAUGGGCAGUGAAGAGAAUCAUAAUGGUUAUGAUGGCUGGAUUUGGCAGUGGUUUUGUUUACUACGGAAUUCAACUAAAUGCUGAGAAUCUCAAUUUCAAUCUUUAUUUAACUGUUGCUGUUAACGCUCUCAUGGAGUUUCCAGCGGUUUUCAUCGGAAGUUUCCUCCUAGGGGUCAUGAACCGCCGUCCUCUAUUCUCCAAUUCAUCAUACCUUGCUGGAGUUGCCUGCCUGCUCUGCGCCGUCCUCUCGAUCCACCGGGUGAUCCGUGCGAUGUCUGUUGCGAAAUGGUUACAGCUUGCAGUUGAGGCGGUUGGGUUCAUGGCAUCCUCCACGGCGUACGACGUCCUAUAUGUCUAUUGCGUCGAGCUGUUCCCGACAAACGUGAGGAACACUGCGGUAUCGCUUUUGCGUCAGGCAUUUAUGCUAGGAGCGUCUGCUGCACCACUGCUAGUUGCGUUGGGGAGGGAAAGCGCAAUGAUGUCAUUUAUCGUCUUUGGUGUUGCAUCUGUGUUGAGCGGUGUUGUGAGUCUCUGGCUAAGAGAAACCCGGAACGCUCCACUUUACGAAACACUAGCUCAGCAGGGGAAAGCAGAAGAGAUCGAAAACGAAACUGUCCUGAGUACUUGAUUACAUUGAGUAUUGACAGUGUGUUGUGUUUCUAUGGAAUGUUUACAUCCAAUAAUUGGGAAUAUGUAAAAUCUUUCAAAUUUCCAUUUAAAUGUACGAAGCUGUUGAUUGUUUCA